UUAAUAAUAUUGUACAUAGAUUAAUUGGCCCAAUAUAUGAAGACUUGUCUGUGGAGGAAAAAUAUAAAAUAAUUAAAAAUACCUGCAAAAUAUCUAAUACUGAUGAAUUUAUUGUAAGACUUUCUAAUCAGUAUAAAACAAUGGUUGAUGAAGCUACCAGUGCCCUUGACUCUCAAAGUAAAAAAAUUGUUCAAGACAUGUUGAAUAAAGCCUUUAAAAAUAGAACUACUAUUAUUGUUACUCAUCGAUUGUCUACCAUCUACAAUACUAAAAAAAUUAUUGUAAUAAAUGAAGGAGCUGUUAUAAAAUAUGAAAAUAUUGCAUUAGUUAGUCAAGAACCAUCUUUAUAUGAUAUGACAAUUAGAAAAAAUAUGAUUUUUGGAUAUCAAUCAGGACAACAAGCAACUCAAGAAGAUGUCGAAAAUGCUUGUUUACCUGAUGGUUAUGAUACUUAUAUUGGUGGAAAAGGAAUGCAACCUUUAGAUAGUCAGAAGCAAAGAAUUGCAAUUGCAAGAGCACUUAUUCAAAAUCCUAGGAUUUUAUUAUUAGAUAAAGCAACAUCAGCACUAGAUUUUGGUUCAGAAAUAGCUAUACAAAAGGCUUUAGAUACUGCUACCACAGGCAGAACAACUUUGGCUAUAAUAUAUAGAUUAUCAACAAUUCAACAUGUGGAUGUUAUAUUUGUGAUAAAGGAUAGUAAA